AUGCGCGCAGCCCCAGCAGCUGCAGCCCCUGAAACGGCCACCGCAGCAGCAGCAGCUCCAGGAGCCGCCGCCCCAGCAGCAGCCCCUGGGGCCGCCCCAGUAGCAGCAGCCCCGGGAGCAGCCGCCCCAGCAGCUGCUGCCUCUGGAGCGGCCACCCCAGCAGCAGCAGCUUGUGGAGCAGCCGCCCCAGCAGCAGCAGCCCCGGGAGCAGCCGCCCCAGCAGCAGCAGCCCCUAGAGCCGCCCCAGCAGCAGCAGCCCCGGGAGCAGCCGCCCCAGCAGCAGCAGCCCCGGGAGCAGCCGCCCCAGCAGCAGCCACUGGAGCAGCCGCCCCAGCAGCAGCUGCCUCUGAAGCGGCCACCCCAGCAGCAGCAGCCCCUGGAGCCACUGCUACUGCAGCAGCCACCCCACCAGCAGCAGCAGCAGCAGCAGCCCCAGCAGCUGCAGCCCCUGAAACGGCCACCGCAGCAGCAGCAGCUCCAGGAGCCGCCGCCCCAGCAGCAGCCCCUGGGGCCGCCCCAGUAGCAGCAGCCCCGGGAGCAGCCGCCCCAGCAGCUGCUGCCUCUGGAGCGACCACCCCAGCAGCAGCAGCUUGUGGAGCAGCCGCCCCAGCAGCAGCAGCUUGUGGAGCAGCCGCCCCAGCAGCAGCAGCCCCUGGAGCCGCUCCAGCAGCAGCAGCCCCGGGAGCAGCCGCCCCAGCAGCAGCAGCCCCGGGAGCAGCCGCCCCAGCAGCAGCCACUGGAGCAGCCGCCCCAGCAGCAGCUGCCUCUGAAGCGGCCACCCCAGCAGCAGCAGCCCCUGGAGCCGUUGCUACUGCAGCAGCCACCCCACCAGCAGCAGCACGUGGAGCAGCAGCAGCAGCAGCCGCCCCAGCAGCAGCCCCAGCAGCGGCAGCCACUGGAGCAGCCGCACCAGCAGCAGCCGCCCCUGGCCCCUGCAGCAGCCGCUCAUGGACCAGGUGCAGCCGUGGGGGGUGA